AUGGUAAAUGAUAUGAAAUCAUGUGUUUCCGAGUUAAUCUGUCACAUACAAAGAAAUCAAACUUUACUAUUAAAACUGAAGGCCUUAAAGAAGUGGCAUCUGAAGAUUAGCGACACAGUGCAAAUGCUAAACACAAUCUUCGGUUUACAACUCCUUGGUACUAUAGUUACAUCCUUUAUUAAUAUUACUUUUGAUAUUUACUUUAGUGUAGUGCGCUGGCAAGAUGGACUAUUCAUUAAUUUUGAUAUGCACUUUCCUCGCAUAUUUUCAUCGUCAAUAACAUAUUAUGUUGUAAAAUUAACGCUACUUGUGUGGGUCUGUGAGACUGGCAAGAAUCAAGCACAAGAGAUCAGCAUCACAGUUCACGAUUUACUUAACAAUAUCAAUAAUGAGCAGAUAAAAAACGAGUUGCGGCUAUUUUCUUUACAAAUAUUACAUUGUAAAAAUACAUUUUCGGUAAAAUGUUUGACUAUAGAUGCAAAGCUUCUUGCAACAAUAAUGGGGAAUAUUACCACGUAUUUACUAAUCGUGAUACAAUUUUUAAAUAUGUCGCAUUCUUGUGAUAAAAUAACUGCGGUUAAUAUUACACAAUCUAAUUAUAAGGAUAUAUAG